AUGCGAACGCCUGCUGUGCUUGUGACAUUUAUGAUUUUCGAUUAUAUCAUGCAGGAAUUCUUCCAGCUGCUUGGCUUGGAUACCAUUGCUGGCUUAUUUUCUGUAGCGCUUUGCAUUGCUGUGAGUGCUCUCGGAACUUGGGCCUAUUCAAGGUAUAGUGGUAAUUUGAGAGAAAUUGGUGUAAUGGUUGAUGAUGUUGUUACCUGGGCAUGGCAUACUUUCUUAUCUUCAUUGACGCAGGAAGGAAUGUCCCGAGCGGUCGCUAUUGGGCAUCGUUUAACGCAGAAUGGCACGGGAUUGCAUGCACGAGCAAACACGAGCAGUCAAAUGGCUUCCAAGAAAAAUGCAUGA